UUGUAUCGUCUCCAGUUGCAAGAAUACGAGCCGAGGGAUAUUUUGUCGCGCUUCUCUAAAGGUGCAAAAACCGCCACGGACAAAACAAUUCGCAAAAUAUGCCUGGAUUGCAAAAUUUGUGGCGGCAAACUAGACUCCAACUCGGUCGAUAUUGCAUUCAAAAAGCACAUGGGGAACAAUGUAAAAGAAAUGGAUUUUGCCUCGUUCAAGCAGUUCGUAGAAGGUCCGCUGAGCCAAGAAUAUGCUCGCGCCAAAGGUUGUACACAAGAUAAGGCUGUCGCUGAUUUGAUUGAGAAAAUCAAGGCGGGCAGUCCGAAAAUGCAUGGGACAACCAGUGUGAGUAACGAUCGUGCCACUCAAGCAUUGACCGAUGUGAGCGGAUACACGGGCAGUCACAAGAAUCGAUUUGAUGCAGAGACUGGCAAAGGCAAAGGUCUGGAGGGCCGAACAGAUCAUCAAGACAAUUCGGGCUAUGUGGGAAAUUACAAAGGAUCAGGCACUUAUGACAAAACGCAUUGA